AUGGGCGUAUUUUCUGCAAUGAAGCGCACCCUAAGCAAGUCCCCCAAGCAGGACAACGUCCCCGAGAAGCUCGAGAAGGAUAUGGCACCAGAUCUGCCUGUGAAGGUUCAACCUGAAGAGACGAGCCAACUGGAGAAGAACUUCCACUCCGAGAAGACACUCGAGAAGAAAGCAGCCGCUUCUCCUUCUGUCGUCGUCCCCUGGAUUCUGAAUGAGGUGUCUGAGUGUGACAUCAGCGAGCUUUUUGAUUGCAGGGUCCAGAUGAAGGUGCACGCUGCUCGCCUGCUCGACUGCUGGCGUGCACAUGAAGCAGAGUUCCCCCGGGCGUUCGCACGGGGUCUGCUCCAAGUUCUGCAGGGCUUUGAUCAGGACAACGCCGGCAGCUCAAAGAAAAUAAAGAGCCUGGCAUGUUUCUUGGUGCAUCUCUUCGAUGGCAAAGACAGCGCGGUCCACAUCAGGAAUGGCAAGGAGGAGCUGUGGACUCUGGUCCUGCCAGAGCUUGGCCGAAUUGAGCUGGAUCGGGGAAAGGACUGGACCUCGAAUGCAGAAUCGCGCUCGAGAGAGGAGACAUCAGAGCUGCUGACCGCAAUAGGGAACCACGGGCGAACUUGCGUGGUUCAGACAUGCGCUCUGUGUGGCGAACAGCUGGGACGUCACAGUAAUAGCCUCGUUGACGCAGCCUACGAACUCCAGAAUAAGAUCUACAAAAUGAAUGUGCAAGCUCGAACACCGAGAAAGAAAGCAACAGAACUCGAGACCGAAGAAGCUUUGACUCUCAAAAUCGUCUUUUGA